AUGGAAAUUCGGGAGGCUCAUGUGUCUGAUUUUGGACUCGCAAAACUAUUGGAGGAUGAAGAAUCUCAUAUCACUACAAUAGUUGCGGGAACAUUUGGUUAUCUUGCUGCAGAGUACAUGCAAAGUGGCAGGGCAACAGAAAAAACAGAUGUAUACAGGUUUGGAGUCUUGGUGCUGGAAGUUUUGAGUGGGAAACGACCCACUGAUUCAUUAUUCAUUGAGAAAGACUUGAAUAUUCUAGGAUGGUUGAAUUUCUUGAUCCUUGAGGACCGUCAAAGAGAAAUAAUUGAUCCACACUGCGAUGGCAUGCAGAUUGAAAGCCUGGAUGCUUUGCUCUCUGUUGCCAUUCAGUGUGUUUCCUCAGCUCCAGAAGAGCGGCCUACAAUGCACAGAAUGGUGCAAUUAUUGGAGUCAGAG